UUGAUACUUGAUCCGCCAGCAGUAAAGACACACCGCUGGUGGUGAGACUCUGGAGCUAAACUGCGCUCAGAAGCACAAUGAGAAGUCGCAGUAAUUCUGGAGUCAAACUCGACAAUUAUGCCAGAACUUUACAACAGACGAUCCUCUGUCAGCAGGAUCCGGUGACAGGUUUACUCCCGGGAGAUGAGAAGUUACCUCACGCCUGGGUUCGAGACAACGUGUACUGCAUCUUGUCAGUGUGGGCUCUGAGUUUGGCCUACAGGAAGAACGCAGACAGAGAUGAAGACAAAGCCAAAGCCUAUGAACUGGAGCAGAGCGUGGUCAAGCUCAUGCGAGGAUUACUGCAGUGCAUGAUCAGACAGCUUGAUAAGGUGGAGAAGUUCAAGUACAGCAAAAGCACUAAAGACUGCCUUCAUGCCAAGUACCAUACCGGCACAUGUGCCACUGUAGUCGGUGAUCAGGAAUGGGGUCAUCUACAGGUGGACGCUACAUCCAUCUUUCUGCUCUUCCUGGGCCAAAUGACAGCAUCAGGGCUGAAUAUCGUCUAUACUCGUGAUGAAGUCGAUGUUGUCCAGAAUCUGAUUUUUUACAUCGAAUCUGCAUACAAAGUAGCGGAUUUUGGAAUGUGGGAACGAGGAGACAAGACCAACAAAGGGAUCCCUGAGAUAAAUGCCAGCUCUAUCGGGAUGGCAAAGGCAGCUUUGGAGGCCUUGGACGGACUGAACCUGUUUGGUGCCAAAGGAGGCCCAGAGUCCGUUGUUCACGCUUUAGCUGACGACAUUCAGCACUGCAAUUCUAUUCUCAACUCCAUGCUGCCGAGGGCAUCAACAUCUAAAGAGGUGGACGCUGGAGUUCUCUCCAUCAUCUCUUAUCCAGCGUUCGCAGUUGAAGACAUUGAUGUUGUUAAUAUCACCAAAGAAGAAAUCAUUUCAAAGCUUCAGGGCAGAUACGGAUGCUGUCGCUUUCUUCGAGAUGGACACAAAACUCCCAGGGAGGAUCCCAAUCGACUGCACUACGAGUCAUCAGAGCUGAAGCUCUUCGAAAACAUAGAGUGCGAAUGGCCGCUGUUCUGGACAUACCUCAUCCUGGAUGGCAUUUUUAUCAAGAGUCCAGAACAGGUCCAGGAGUACAGAGAGGCUUUGGACGGCAUUCUCAUCAGGGGAAAGAAUGGAUUACGAUUGGUCCCUGAACUAUAUAGUGUUCCUCUGGAUAAGGUUGAUGAGGAGUAUGUAAAUCCUCACACCGUGGAGAGAGCGCCAGUGGGCAAGUGUCCACUGAAAUGGGGCCAGUCUCUGUACAUAUUGGGUAACCUGCUGGCAGAGGGUUUUUUAGCACCUGGAGAAAUCGAUCCUCUCAACAGGCGCCUCUCCACUAUCCCUAAACCUGAUGUGGUGGUUCAAGUGUCAAUCCUGGCAGAAAACGAUGAGAUUAAACAUCUCCUGCAGGGCCAUGGCAUUGACUCUGAAACCCUGGAGGACAUUCACCCAAUCCGAGUUCAGCCCUCUAGAGUCCUCAGCCACAUCUAUGCCAGACUAGGGCGAAACCAAAGGCUGGGACUGACUGGACGACCGUAUAGGCGAAUUGGUGUGUUGGGAACGUCUAAAUUCUACAUUAUUCGCGACACCAUCUUUACCUUCACACCUCAAUUUGUUGACCAUCAAGAGUUUUAUCUGGCCCUGGACAAUCACAUGAUCGUGGAGAUGCUGCGUGUCGACCUCUCCUACCUGUGCUCUCACUGGAGGAUGACAGGACGACCCACUGUCACCUUCCCCAUUUCACACGGCAUGCUCAGCGAUGAUUACAAACAAGUUAAUCCUACGGUUUUGGCAACCCUCAAAAAAUUACAAGAUGGUUAUUUUGGAGGAGCAAGGGUUAAGACUGGAAAACUGACUGAUUUUCUUGACACCUCCUGUUGUGCUCAUCUUACUUUUAUGGACUGUGAAGUGGAUGACCUGGCUGUUUAUCUGGACCAGCUGCUGGCAGUUCCUCAACAGCAUCCCAUUAGUGCCACUAAAGGAGGCCUGAGCCGCUUCAGGGCAGCAGCCAGAAAGGUUCGAGAGAUGGUGUCUCUAGUGCACAAAGCCAGAGAGCUCAAUAUACACAAUGUGCAUAUGUACCUUCCAACUAAACUCUUCCAUUCUCCGGCACCAGACCUUAAUCUGCUGGUUGACAAAGAGAAGGUGCCUGAGACGCAGACUCCUCCGUGUCUGAGUCUGCCCAGAGACGUCAAUGGCGGGAUCGAUUACUCAGCUCUCGUGCAGAUGCUGAAGCAGAAUCUGAACCUGCAAGACAAGGCUGAUAUCCUCUACAUCCUUUUCAAAGACAAGGGAAUAGACUGGGACACCAAGCUACACGGGAUAGGUUGGCCUGUAAGACGACUGCUGAGUGAUUUGUAUGAAAAAGCAGGAAGCCUGAAGCACUGGGGCCUCAUCCGGAUGAUCUGCGGGAUGCUGCGCAAGAAAGUGGAAGAGCUGGAUGCUGCUUGCUCAUACUUAUUAAUCCAUCAGAAACAUCUAACAGUCGGCCUUCCUCCUGAACCAAGAGAGAAAACUAUUUCAGCGCCGAUGCCUCCAGAUAAGCUGGCGAGGCUGAUCGAUGAUGCCAGUGAGAACAACCUCACCAUCGCCAUCCUCACUCAGGAGAUCAUGGUGUUUCUGGGUAUGAUCAUUCGCACCCAGCCCAAGAUCUUUAGCGAAAUGUUUCGUCUGCGCAUUGGUCUCAUUCUUCAGGUCAUGGUGACUGAACUGGCCCAGUCUCUCCAAUGUUCAGGUGAGGAGGCUACAGAGAAUUUGAUGAACAUGAGCCCAUUUGAGAUGAAGAACCUGCUGCUUAAUAUUCUCAGUGGCAAAGAGUUUGGAGUUCAAAAAAGCGUUCGUUCAGUAGGUAAUGCGACCACCUCAGAGGUCAAUAUCCAAGACAAGAGCAAGUCCAGCUCCACCAAAACCGAAGUGAAAGUAUCAAGUAAACAGGCUGAUAAUAUCAAACUGGCUGUGUCAGUCCACUCGCUGGAUAUUGGAAAGAUUGAAUCAGGGAGAUACAGACUUCCAUCUAUCGAGUCAUUUCAGGGCUCAUUAGGAGCCACACUGGUGGGUGACAGCAGACACGGCCAGUGGCUUCGGCGCAGACGUCUGGAUGGAGCGCUAAACAGAGUGCCGGUCGGUUUCUAUCAGAAUGUCUGGAAGAUUCUGCAGAAGUGCCACGGUCUGUCCAUUGAGGGCUUUGUGCUUCCAUCUUCAACCACAAGAGAGAUGACUCCUGGAGAAAUAAAGUUUGCUGUGCAUGUGGAGUCCGUGCUAAACCGUGUUGCUCAACCCGAGUACCGUCAGCUGCUGGUGGAGGCCAUCCUGGUGCUGACCAUGUUGGCGGAGGUGGACAUCCAGAGCGUGGGUGGUGUCAUUCAGGUGGAGAGGAUCGUUCAGAUGGCCAGUGACCUGUUUUACAAUGAUCAGAAAGAGCUGGGAGCUGAAGAAAAUCUCCUUGAGAAGGAUCACAUGACUGGAAUCUGCAGGUUGAUCUACGACAGCGCCCCCAGCGGCCGCUUUGGGAGCAUGACGUACCUCUCCAAAGCAGUGGCCAGCUAUGUUGAAGACUUUCUUCCCAGUGGAGCCUGUGCCCUUCAGUGAGGCUCCAAACUCAAAUGUUUCUGUAGAUAUUUGUGUUAGAAAAUAUGGAGUGGAAAUGACUUUUUUUGUCAUUGCAAAUAAGGUAAAAAGUGCAGUUUUAUUUCACUGCAUUUGAAAAAUAAGCUAAAGAAGUCCUGCUACAAAUGUACCAUUGGAUGUAGAGUUGCCAAAAGGUUUUAGCAUUAGCGAAUUAGCCAGAAAGUAUCUUUCUUUAUUGCUAGUCGUAUUCUAAUAGUUUUCAUUUAAGCUUCAUUUGAAAAGUGUUUAGUUUGUCGGUUUGCAGUCAGAAUAGGCUUUAUCCCAACUGCAAUCUUUUUUGAGUGAUACUGUGUUUGUAGGUCAAUGUAGAUGUUAACAUCACCCUGGUUCACUCAAAAAACAACUAUUUUUUUGCAUUAUCUAAAAAAUAGCAAACGUUUUUGUUCCUAAUACCAAAUCACACUGUCAGAAGCUGACAAACAUGCAAAAGCACCAGUAGGCCAUUUCUUAGUAACUGAAUUUUGUAACUGCGCUAAGUUCCCUCGUUUGCACUGACAUUUGUUUGAAACACCACCCUACAGACACAAGACGUCAACAUGACAUCAGAUUGAUGUUGUACUCCAGUGUCAUGGAGUAGCAUUUUGCUAGGAAAUAAAAUCGUGUUGACAUCAGAACCCCACAUCAGGCCAACCUCUAUCACCAACCUAAAAUCAAUCAAAUAUGAAUGUCAUUUGUAGUUGUUAUUGGACAUCAAAACACCGUUGUCCUUAGACGCUGGCUAGUCAUUGAAUUUUGGUCACUUGACAUCAUGACCCAAAUCUAACCUAAUAAUAAAGUCUUAUUAUGUGUGCCCGCUGGGCUGCGUGUUCAUGUAAUAUUUUCCUUAAAUUAAGAAAACACACAGGAUACACUCUCUGCCAUCUUAAACAAUAAACCACACAAGCACACAAGAAUCAGCUGGCGAAAUAACCUCUGACGGAACAACAGAGCCCUGCUAACCCUGACAUGACAAAACCUGAACAAGUGUUUGUUGCUGUCUGUCAUCAUUGUCAAUCUAUAGAGUGUUUUCACUUUUCAAUUUCAUCAGUUACCCAUGCAUGGCCAUUUUGGAGAUACUCGGAUGUCAGCAACAGAAACGAUUGCAAGGUAUUCUACUAUUAAAUACACUGUUCUGCUUAUUUAUGCUGUCUGAAACAUGGAAAAAUGUGUCAGCUGCUAAAUUUAAUGUGUAAUAUUUCAACAAACUGGGUGUAAUAAGCUCUAUUCUGCUUGAAUUUUUGUAACUUUUGGCGCUCUUUAGUACUUGAAAUGUCUUUUUCGUCUGAUCAAUUAGUACAGGCCAAAAUAUUACAUUUAAUGAUUAUAUUGAAGAGCAUUAAUCAGCAAAAUGUGCAAGUUUCUUUCUGUUUAGUGGUAUGGUUUACAUUCUGCUCUCCAACAUGGCUGGCUGAUGACACUACGAAAAAACUACAUAAUAGCAUGCCUUAAGUGUUUAAAUUACUAAUCUUCCUCCAGCUUUCAAAAACAUUGAAAGAUUGAGCUUACAAGCAGCAAGAUUUAUAAGUGAACUAGAUAGUAGGCUAUGAGUUUGACAUGAUGAUAUGUAAUAUAAUCUCUAAGCCCUCUGUUGCCCCAUUUAGCCACAAGAAUAAAACAAAUCUCAACUUUG